AUGGGAGAUAAUCCUGACGUGGUUGUGCUCAAUAAUGUUACAUAUCACUUAUCGAAACUUUCAGCUGAAGAGAAGUUUCGGAUAGAACACUUGAAGUACCAUGAAGAUCACAAGGGCCAUGAAAAAAUGCACCUCGAGAUGUUUUUGGUUGCAUUCACUAGUUUAAUUUUCUGCCAAUUAGUGCUUAUGUUUUGGAAGCAGCGACACUUCCGCUCGUACCAGCUUGUAACUUUGAUUGCUAUGUGGUUGGUACCGUUUAUAUACAGCGUGCUAGCAGAAUUUCCAAGAUUCAUUUUUGUCUGGGUUUUAUUUUCAUUAACCACUGGAGUUAUGGUUUACUUAGCCUCUAAGAGACGCAUAAGUACAACUACACCAAGACGAGUUUAUCGGUGGUUCUUAUUUGUUCAUAAAGUUUCCUAUGUACUUGGAGUUGGUGGCUAUGUUCUUUUAGUCUUAACAUUUUUCCAAGUCAAUCUGCUCUUCCUUCUGCCUACAAAGGUUUCAGUGGAUUUAUCUUUAUUGGCAUUGUUUUAUGGCCUUUAUUAUGGAGUUAUUGCACGAGAUUUUGCUGAAGUUUGUACAAAUAAAUUGGCUGCACAAAUAUCAUAUCAAAUUCCUCAAGGUAUGCCAGUUCGUCGAAUUGAUCCAUCAGUAUGUUCAAUUUGUAAAAGUAAUUUAACAUCAGAUAGUAAUGAAAAAGUUCAUCGACUCAAUUGUACUCAUGUCUUUCACGAUUUUUGUAUUCGAGGUUGGUGUAUUAUUGGAAAGAAAGAUACUUGUCCGUAUUGCAAUGAAAAAGUCAACUUGAAACAGACAUUUACAAACCCAUGGGAUAAACCACACUUAUUAUACGGAAAUCUUUUAGAUUGGGUACGGUAUUUGGUCGCAUGGCAACCUGUAAUUUUGGGUGUAGUUCAUGUGCUUAACUCUGUUUUAGGUCUACAAUAAACAGUAUCAAUUCUUACAAGAUUCGUGAUCUCAAAUGUUC